UAAUACAUUUCAUGAAGUACUACUACUAGUAGGCCUAAUACUAAUAGGAUCCUUCUCAUCAAAAGUGGGCCUAAGAAAGGGAUUCUAUGCCCCACUUGUCCGGGACACAUGCAUGUCCAGAAGAAAGAACGCGUGCCACUGCUGCCCGUACGUUGUCCUCUGCUAGAAAUCUGACGAGGCAUAUGUAAAGUGUGGUAACAAGAAUCCGAGGAAGGAUGGUGCGAGGGAGAUGGAAUGAACAGGCAAGCAAAGCAAGGUGUUGCUUGGCUCCGGCCAACCAGCAACGGCGGCGAUGCCCAACCUCCCCGUCCGUCUCACGUAUUCCUUUCUCGCUUCGCCAUGCUUCCUCACCGGCGGCGAGCUCUGGAUGCUGCUGCUAGUUUUCAACUUCAUAAACCCAGAGAACGCAUGCACAAGCAGCAGCAAAAAUCGUGACCUGCCAUUAAUUGGAGACCGACGACCUCUUCUGCUCGAUCUCGCGGAGAGGACGACCGGCCGGCGGCAACGGCGGCAAGAUGAACUCAAGAUCAAGAUGCGCUCCUCGCCUCGCCGUGCUCCUCUGCUUCGUCCUCUCCUCAACCACCGUCGAGUCAGCGGGAGUCUUCACCAUCAUCAACCAGUGCAAGACCACCAUCUGGCCCGCCGCGACGCCGGGCGACAGCUUCGGCGGCGGCGGGUUCGCGCUCCGGCCGGGCCAAUCCGCUGUAUUCAAGGCUCCCGCCGGUGGCUGGUCAGGCCGGAUCUGGGGCCGGACGGGGUGCGCCUUCGACGCGUCCGGUAACGGCUCCUGCGCCACUGGCUCCUGCGGGACGACGCUGAAAUGCGGCACGUCGGGCGCCACCCCCGUCAGCCUCGCCGAGUUCACGCUCGCCGCCGACCGCGACUUCUACGACGUGAGCCUGGUGGACGGCUUCAACCUGCCCGUGACGGUGCGCCCCGUGAACGGGCGCGGCGGCAACUGCAGCGCCGCCGGGUGCGACGGCGACCUGCGCGAGACGUGCCCGUCGGAGCUCGCCGUGAAGGUGGGCGGCCAGACCGUGGCGUGCCGGAGCGCGUGCGACGUGUUCGACACCGAUCAGUAUUGCUGCCGGGGGAAGUUCGGCAGCCAGCCCACGUGCCCGCCGACGCCCUACUCCAAGAAGUUCAAGGACGCCUGCCCGACGGCGUACAGCUACGCCUACGACGACGCCAGCAGCCUCUUCACCUGCUCCGGCGCCGACUACAUCAUCACCUUCUGCGCCAGCAGGAAGCAACAAGCGUGCUCGUACCACAACAAUCAGCUGGUUUGCAGUGGUGCCAGCAGCCGGCGGCCAUGGCCGAUCACGUCCAAGAUCCUGCUGCUUCUAGUACUGCCGCAACUCAUCUUUUCGGCGCUGCAGUUUGCAGUCUGACCAUCCAACAAGAGCAACCAACCUGCCUGAUAUAUAUUUUCCUCAAUUGUUUUCUUGUAAAUUACACUAACUAUUGGUUAUCAUAAUAUAUGGCCCUAUUCGUUUUUUAGCUUAUCUGUCGAAUUUGCCAGUCAUUCAACAGUGUUUUUCUUUCUGCCCCACACGUGUUCUGUAAAUUAUUAUAAUCUCUUCAGACACCAUAGUGAU